UUGUGUCUCCUAAUCAAUUUCUGAAAAGGGGAAACAAGUAGAUAGUGUUCUUAUUGUGCAUGAAUUACAAGUUCCAACAAAAGAAAAUAGGAUCAUAUAUUUUAGUAAGACUAACUCUUUUGAACGAGAAUUAUGUGAUAAUUCUCAAAAGGGGAGAAUGGAUAACCUUGGAAGCAAUUGAGUCAAAAAUUGAUUCACAUAAUUGAUGAGAAUCUUGUUGGCUACUGUUACAUAAUACGGUUAUGAAAAGGAUAAAAAAUGUUAUAUUUCUUCAGGAAGAGAUACAUAAUCAACUUAAUGGAUUUAGAAUCCAAGUGGGAGAGGAACAUAAGUAAUAAAAGUUCCAAAGAUCCACCUAUUGACUUGACAAGCUUUGAAAAAUUGGAACAUCCAUUAUAACAGAACAAUCCAAGUGUUUGAUUUUAUUUUGGAAACGAAAUUUUAUAUGGCACAUGAGAAUACUAUUAUUGUCAGCAUAUAUAUUAGUAAAGGAGUGGUUAUGUUUAACUCUCAUGCUUCCACAACAAAAUGCAGUGUUGAACUAAGCUUAUUUUACUCAAAUUGUAAGCACUAAAUGUUAGUCCAAUCUUAUAUGGGAGAAUAUUGGACAAUAAUUAUUUUUCUUUUUUGAAAUAUCUUGAUUAUUUAAAAGUUAAAAAAUGUUUUAUUCCUAUUAUCCAAUCAACUCUUGAUGGUGGAAAGUCUAUCUACAAAAAUAUGUUUUGUAUCAUAUAGUGAAGUUGAAGUUGUUAAUGAGACACCAUAGAGAGGAGUAUGAUAAAUUGUAGCUUAUGAAGCAACAAUUAAAGAAGCAAUAUAUUUCGAUUAUAAGUGAUAUAAUAGAGUUAGAGAUAGUUUCUAUAAUAAACAGUUAAUCAUAUGAUAUUAUAAAAUAUUGUGCUAUUAAGUUAUUAACAAAGCACAUACAAAGAAUAUUAUUCUUUAUAAUAGUGUUUUUCAAAAAAAGAGAUAUGGUGCUUCUAUAAUGAAAUUUGAGAACUCAUUAACUAAGAUGUCAGCUCAAAGAUUGUCUGGGACAAAUGGGUACUUAGAGACAAAUACUAUUGGCGUUGAGUGCAGGUAGGAGACUAAAAGAAAUAUAUGCCCUAGAAAGCCAAUAUUAUUUACAUGUAAAUUUUGGGUAAUAUUAUGUUAUUAUUAAAUUGUUCUUAGAUCAUACAUUAGAUGAAACCAUAUUGAUUAUGGAGAUAAUCAACAAGGAGAUAUGAUUUUGUGAUCUGAAAAUUGUUCACAACCAUGAGCAUGCUUGGGAUAAUAUACUCGACAUGGUUGUCACAUGUUGUACUACUUACAUGAUAGGUGGUGAAUUUCAAUAAAGUAGAGACUCUUUAUAACAUAGUGAGUAUUUGUUUAAGACAAAUAUUAAAUUGGGUUAAUUUAGAAUAAUCUUACGUUAAUUACUAUCAAGAAAAGAUUAUUCUAUCCCCUAUUUAUAGAAUAUCCUUAGACUUGAAAAUGUUAUUUAGUCUUAUGUACAAGUUAUUUAGUUUUGAUAUUGUCAACCGGUGAUACCCAAUAAAUGGGAUAUAUAUAAACAUAUUGGACUAUA